CCAAGAUGGCGGCGUGUGGGCCGGCGGGGGCCGCGGCUGGCGGUCCCGGCCGGGCGGGGGUCGGGGCGGGCCCGGCCCCGGGACGGGGAUCGGGGCGAGCGGGGGUCGGGACGGUCCUGGUGGCCGCGUUGGCGGUGCUCGGCUCGCUGCAGGUGACCCGCGGCGCCGGGAGCGGCCCCGGCGAGCCCUCGCUGCAGCCGUACCCGCCCGGGCAGCACGGCCCUCGGCACGGCCACCGGCACGUCAGGGACUGCCAGCCCGUCAAGUACGGAAAUGUCACCCACGAAGCGUGGCCCGGCGACAACAGCACGGCCGGGCCGGUGGCUGUCACCAGGACGUUUGUCUCGUACAUCCACCCGGAGGGCAGCGACCGCAAGGUGAUCUACGGGCACUUCACCUUCGUGAGGAACCCCCUGAGCACCUUCUCCGUGCUGGAGCCGGGCGGCGCCGGCGGCUGCCGGGCUCAGCGCAGAGCCCCCGUGGAGGAGACUGCAAAGCUCAGGAAGUGUCUGGUGGCCCAGAACGGCGGCUACUUCAACAUGGAAACCGGAGAGUGCCUCGGGAAUGUUGUGAGCGAUGGGAGGCUGGUGAGAGACUCGGGAGGCCUACAAAACGCUCAGUUUGGCAUCCGGAAAGAUGGCACCAUGGUGUUCGGCUACCUGUCCGAGGAGGAUGUCCUGGACCAGUCCAACCCCUUUGUGCAGCUGGUGAGCGGCGUGGUUUGGCUGCUGAGGGAUGGAGAGCUGUACAUCAACCAGAGCAGGGCAGCUGAGUGUGGGGACAUCCAGAGCACAGGAACCUUUGACAGGUUCAUCAAUGUGAUCUCAGCCAGGACUGCAGUGGGACACGACCGUCAGGGCCGGCUGGUCUUGGUUCAUGUGGAUGGACAGACAGAGUCCAGAGGGGUCAGCCUGUGGGAAAUGGCAGAGUUCCUGAAGCAGCAGGGAGUGAUCAAUGCUAUCAACCUGGAUGGUGGAGGCUCUGCCACGCUGGUCCUGAACGGGACCCUGGCCAACUACCCCUCUGAGCACUGCUCCUUUGACAGCAUGUGGCGCUGUCCCCGGAGCAUCUCCACCGUGGUGUGCGUGCACGAGCCGGGCUGUGACCCGCCCGACUGCAGCGGCCACGGGCUCUGCGUGGCCGGGCAGUGCCGCUGCGACAGCCCCUUCUGGGCGGGACCCGCCUGUGACACCUUGGACUGCGGCCCUGCCAACUGCAGCCUGCGCGGCGUCUGCAGCGCCGCUGGGUGCCUGUGUGACGCCGGCUGGACUGGCAGCAACUGCACCGAAGCGUGUGCUCCUGGCUCCUUCGGGCAGUCCUGCAGCCAGCAGUGCCGCUGCCAGCACGGCGGCUCCUGUGACCCCGUGCACGGCGCCUGUUCCUGCCCUGCCGGCUUCUACGGCACCAGCUGUGAGCAUGAGUGUCCCCCGGGCUGGUUUGGGCCGAGCUGCCAGAGCCGCUGUGCGUGUGACCACUCGUGUCCCUGUGACCCCGAGACGGGCAGCUGCAACAUCAGCCACCACGGGGCACUGCAGGAGCACUUACACAGAGCUGGACAGUGUUUGGCUUCCCUGGAAAAGGAGAAGAGCAAAGACAAGUUCUCUCUGUCGGACCCUGGCCAGGGCGCAGGGAUUGGGGCACACUGGAGGACUCUGGCAAUGAAGGUGCCACGUGUGGCUGUGUGACCCUGGCACAGCAUCCUGCACUCCCCUGCACCACGGACAUGGCCCCAGCUCUGAGGUAGGUGUUGUGUUUGCAUAGGGAAUAUCUGAACCAGGGACAGCCCCAAUUUUCUGGGAGCCCCUUUUUAACCAGCAGCUCCAUCCCUGCACACAGCCCGAGCUCACUGGCCUGGCUGCUGGGGAGGGAGCAGGGAGGGCUUUGCUGCAUCACCCACAAGAGCCCAUUGCCCAAGGCUCUGGCUCAGGAGAUUUUUGAGGAUCCAAAAUCCCUCCCAGCCUCAGCUCACUGUGAAGAAAACUCUGAGUUUAUUUUCUAAGCACACUGAUGUAGUUUGAGGGGGAAAAGGUGAUGUAGAAGAAUUCUGUGUCUCUGCUAUCUGCAGUUCACAAGGUCAGGUUUAGAAAGCACAGCACAGCAUCCAGGCUGUUUCUCCCUUUUUUCCUGUUAAUAUUCAGGAGGAAAAGUAAAAAAAUAUUGAAUUAUUUAAAUUGGUUUCAGAGUAAAUUGUCAGGUGGGACAAACCAGGCAGCCUUGCCAAGGAGAGGUCACAAGCUGCUUCACAGACCUGUGGAUGAUCUCUGAUGGGCACAGGAGUGGGAGUGCCAAGGGACAAGAGGAAAAACUGGGAUUGGAAUAUCCCCAGAGCCAGGAACACUCUGUGGAACCAUCCCUGACCUCACCCUUCAGAGAUCUGCCAGGUACCAAGGUCCUUCACUGACAAAACUCAGACUUCUGGUGGGUAGAAAACAGCAUAUCCCACAUUUCAAAACAAAAUGACAAAAAAAUCUAGGGCAAAGGAAGAGAUUCUUACCCAGAGCAAACCCAGGGAACAGGAAUGCUGCCACUGCAACCACGUGAGAAGGGAAGGUACAAUCCUGAAACAGCACAGGGGGACAGGGCUGGGUUUGCUCCUGGGGCUUUGGGAGUCUGAAACUGUUUUUAAAAUUAGAUUUUAUUCUGGGUCAAGGAUUUUCCACGAGGGAUACACACAUGCACUUUUGCUUCCAAAAUUCCUGUCUUCCCAGAGGAAAGGUGGGAAUUACAUUUACAUUUGUCCCUCUUUAUCAUAUUCCAGUUAUGCUGAAAUGCCAGAGACAGAAGUUUCAUUUGUCUGGGAGAAACAUGAAAGUCUAUGGAACAACUGAGAAUUGGAAAUCAGAACAUCCCUGAGCUCUACAUAACAAAGUUACCUGUUCACAGGGAGAGAUGCAAGGUGCAGAGUGAUUCCCUUGGCUCCAAUCCUUAAAAUACCCCACCAAACAACUCAAAACCAUGCCAAGUUCUUUGUCUCCCAUUGUCCCAGAUAUUUUGGCUCUUUUCUCAUUUGGCAGAGCCUGGUGCUUCAAAACCAGUGAUUAAAAAAAAAACAGGGUGGGAAGGAACAAUUUCACAGAUUCCUGAAUAAAAACUUGGUGAAUAUUUGA